AUGAAGGGCAUCCUGAAGCUUGGUGGCGCUGUCGCGCUUUCCUGUUUUGCGAUUGAAUCUGCUGCGAGAGCUGUUGGCUUCCAGCCUGAUCAAUGGAUUACUCCCUAUAAGAGGGAUGCCCUGCAGGAUAUUGUAACCUGGGAUAAGGACUCGAUUUUCGUGCAUGGCGAACGCAUCUUCCUCUACUCGGGGGAAAUUCACCCCUACCGACUCCCAGUACCCGAUCUUUACCUCGAUCUUUUCCAGAAGGUUAAGGCACUUGGAUACAAUGGUGUUUCCUUCUACGUCGACUGGGCUUUGCUCGAGGGUAAGCCUGGUGAGUACCGUGAGGAGGGUGUUUUCGACCUCCAGCCAUUCUUCGACGCAGCGUCCGAAGCCGGCAUCUAUCUAAUUGCUCGACCUGGCCCAUAUAUCAACGCAGAAAGCUCGGGUGGUGGGUUUCCCGGUUGGAUUCAGAGGGUCAACGGUACUCUGAGGACGAGGGCUCCAGAUUUCCUCGCAGCAACGGACAACUACAUGAAGAACGUCGGCAAGAAGAUAGCUUCGGCUCAGAUCACAAACGGCGGACCGAUCAUUCUUGUGCAGCCCGAGAAUGAGUACACCCAGGCCACAUCAGCGAUCAAACCCUUCCCGGAUCCCGAGUACAUGCAGUAUGUGAUCGACCAGCUUCACGAUGCUGGUGUUAUCGUGCCUUUGAUCUCAAAUGAUGCAAGCCCGAAAGGGUAUAAUGCUCCGAUUCCGACUGCUCCUGGCUAUCCAGCCGUGGUGGAUAUAUAUGGCCACGAUGGCUACCCGCUAGGCUUCGACUGCGCCAACCCGACUGUCUGGCCCAACAACGCUCUUCCAACAAACUGGCAUGACCUGCACUUGAAACAGAGCCCAAACACACCAUACUCCAUUCUCGAGUUCCAGGCUGGUAGUUUCGAUCCUUGGGGCGGACCAGGCUUCGACAAGUGCAACAUCCUCGUCAAUGCCGAAAUGGAGAGAGUCUUCUACAAGAACCUUUACAGCUUUGGUGUUACUGUCCUGAAUCUGUACAUGACCUACGGUGGUACAAACUGGGGCAACCUUGGACAUCCUGGUGGAUACACAUCUUACGACUACGCGGCUAUCAUUCGCGAAGAUCGUCGCGUGGACCGUGAAAAGUACUCAGAGCAGAAGCUACAAGCCAACUUCUUCAAGGUCAGCCCUGCGUACUUGACUGCAGCUCGAGGAAAUGCUUCCACCACCGCCUGGACCAACACUCCAGCGCUGACUGUCACGCCUGCGUUCGGCAAUACCACCAACUUCUACUUUGUACGCCACUCCAAGUACAACACUCUUGACUCGACCACUUACAAGCUCAACAUCCCCACCAAGGCCUUUGGCAACAUUACUGUCCCACAAGUGAACGGAACUUCGCUCACGCUCAAUGGACGCGACUCAAAGAUCCACGUCAGUGACUAUAGCAUUGGUGGUGCCACAAUUGUCUAUUCAACUGCCGAGAUCUUUACUUGGCACAAGUACGACGACAAGACUGUGCUCGUUGUGUACGGUGGUCCUGGUGAAACCCACGAAUUGGCUCUUGCUGUCACCGGCUUGGAGGUACUCGAGGGCGAUUUGAAGAGCAUCACCACAAGGGGUUACACUGUUCUCAACUUCAACGUCGAUGGUGGGCGAAAGGUCGCCAAGAUUGGCGUAGAGAGUAACCCCAUCUACGUCUACAUCGUAGACCGCAACGAAGCUUACAAAUACUGGGCAAUCGACCAGGCUCCCCACGACUCAUCAAGCCCUGUCAUUCUUAAGGCAGGCUCUUUGACUCGCACGGCGAAGGUCAGUGGUGAUACAUUGACUCUUACCGGAGAUCUGAACAACACCACAUCCAUUGAAAUCAUCGGCGUAGCUUCAACUGUGUCCAAGGUUACUUUCAAUGGUAAAGACGUUAGCGUCCAAGCCUCAAAGGCUGGUGCGCUGAGUGGUACUGUCGAGCUGCCCAAGGCCGACAUCAGCGUCCCAAAGCUGAACGAACUCGAGUGGAAGUACAUUGACACACUGCCGGAACUCCAGGCCGACUACGACGAUAGCAAGUGGAAAGCUGCAGACUUGAAGAAGACAUACAACUCCCUGCGACCGCUGACGACGCCUGUCUCACUCUACAGCUCUGAUUAUGGCUUCCACACCGGCACUCUGCUCUACCGCGGUACCUUCAAGGCCACCGGCAAUGAGACGACCUUCUAUGUCUGGACUCAGGGCGGAUCUGCAUUCGGCUCCUCUAUCUGGAUUGGUGACCAGUUCCUGGGGUCAUGGACAGGAUACGACAAAGCAACCAACGGGAACUCGACUGUCACCCUUCCCAACUUGUCGGCCGGCAAGGAGUAUACCAUCACUGUUGUCAUCGACAACCAAGGUCUCGAUCAGACCUGGACCAUCGGCACUGAGACCGGCAAGAACCCUCGUGGUAUCUUGAACUACAAACUCGCCGGCCACAGCCAGUCCGAUGUUUCCUGGAAGCUUACCGGUAACCUUGGCGGCGAGGACUACGUCGACAUCUCACGCGGUCCGCUGAACGAGGGCGGCCUGUUCGCCGAACGCAACGGUCUUCAUCAGCCUGGAGCUUUGUCUGCCAACGUCAGCUGGAAGGCCAGCAAAGGCCCUGUCACAGAUGGCAUUCCCGCCCCCGGCAUUGGUUUCUUCGCCACCGAGUUCGACCUCGACUUGCCUAAGAAUUUUGACAUCCCCGUGAGCUUUACAUUCACAAAUGGUACAAGCAGCAACAGCACUGGCUCGGGAUCCAGUGUCUCGGCAUACAGGGUGCAGCUCUACGUCAACGGAUGGCAGUACGGUAAAUACGUCAACAACGUCGGACCUCAGACCAACUUCCCCGUGCCAGAAGGUAUCUUGAACUACCGCGGAACUAACUACCUUGCUAUCUCGCUGUGGGGCCUCGACGCUGGUGCUACAAAGAUUGCAGGCUUGGAGCUCGUUGUUGAUGGCGAGGUCUGGGGUGGGGUGGAAGUAGGUGUUGUAGAAGGACAGAAGUAUGAGGCGAGAGAGGGCGCAUACUGA